CACCACGUCUCUCUUAUGCUGUAUAAAUAUCCAACCUUCGUAGUUGUUAUCUCCUUCCUCUCAGCCAUGGAUUCCUUCAAGUUCUUUUCACUUAUUUUAUUAGUUUUCUCUCUUUGGCUAACCUGCAAUGCUUCUCACCAUAUUUUCCCAGAAUUUCAGUCGCUAAGUGCCGAGGUGUUUCAGGUGAAACAAUUUCACAGAACAGGGUACCAUUUUCAGCCUCCUAAUAACUGGAUUAACGAUCCAACUGGACCCAUGCAAUUCAAUGGAAUAUACCAUCUAUUCUACCAAUACAAUCCAAAAGGUGCAGUAUGGGGCAACAUUGUUUGGGCUCAUGCAGUAUCAAAGGACAUGAUCAACUGGGAAUCACUAGAUCCAGCCAUAUACCCGACCAAGCCAUUUGAUAUAAACGGGUGUUGGUCCGGAUCCGCCACAAUCCUCCCGGGCAAGAAGCCCGUUAUCCUCUAUACUGGAGUUGACACCCAAAAUCAUCAAGUCCAAAACUACGCCAUCCCGGCAAACCACUCCGACCCUUAUCUCCGCGAAUGGGUGAAGCCCGAUGACAACCCCAUUGCGGCUCCCGGUGAGGGGAUGAAUGCGAGUGCUUUCCGUGACCCAACAACCGCUUGGAAGGGCAAAGAUGGGCACUGGAGAAUUGUUGUGGGUAGCAAAAGGAAGCAUAGAGGCAUGGCGGUCUUAUACAGGAGCAGGGAUUUUGUGCAUUGGAUUAAGGCUCAACACCCUCUGCAUUCGUCAGCUAAAACAGGUAUGUGGGAAUGCCCAGAUUUUUUCCCAGUUUCGUUGCAUGAUAAAACGGGGCUGGACACUUCGCUGGUUGGGGCAAAUUUAAAGCACGUAAUGAAGGUGAGCCUUGAUGUUACAAGGUUUGAGUAUUAUACAAUCGGAACAUAUAAUCCCAAAAAAGACAGGUAUGUUCCUGAUAAUACAUCGGAGGAUGGUUGGGGUGGGCUGAGAUAUGACUAUGGAAACUAUUAUGCCUCCAAGUCAUUCUUCGAUGAUGCGACGAAUCGAAGAAUUUUGAUGGGUUGGUCUAAUGAGUCCGAUACGCCUCAAAACGACGUAGAUAAGGGAUGGGCUGGAAUUCAGACUAUUCCGAGAAUGUUGUGGCUUGACAGUAACAUGAAACAAUUGGUACAAUGGCCUAUUGAGGAGUUAGAAACUCUGAGAGGGGACAAAGUUGAAAUAAGCAAUCAACAAAUCAAAAAAGGAGAGUAUUUUGAAGUUACAGGAAUAACUGCUGCUCAGGCUGAUGUUGAUGUUACCUUCUUGUUGCCGAGCUUGGACAAUGCCGAGCAAUUUGAUCCUAGCUGGGUGAAAAACGCAGAAGAUCUCUGCGGCCUAAAGGGUACAAAUGUUCAAGGUGGGGUUGGGCCUUUUGGGCUGUUGACACUAGCUUCAAAAUAUCUAGAGGAAUACACUCCUGUCUUCUUUAGAGUUUUCAAAGCUGCACAGAAGCAUGUAGUUCUCAUGUGCUCUGAUGCAAGAAGUUCCUCCUUGAAGAAAAGUGAACUAUAUACACCAUCAUUUGCUGGCUUUGUAAACGUAGAUUUAGCAGAUGGGAAGCUUUCUCUUAGGAGUUUGAUUGAUCAUUCUAUUGUGGAAAGUUUUGGAGCGAAAGGAAAAACAUGCAUCACAUCCAGGGUUUAUCCUACACUUGCAGUCUUCAAUGAUGCUCACUUGUACGCAUUUAACAAUGGAACAGAGACCGUCACCAUAGAGAGUCUCAAUGCAUGGAGCAUGAAAAAUGCUCAACUGAAGUGAGGAGGGAGACGAGAAAGAAUUUAGAUUAUGGAAUAAGAAUCAUUACUCGUUGUUAGAAUAUAUUAUUUCUUUUUGUUAUGGAAUAAGAAUCAUUACUCGUUGUUAGAUAUAUUUUAUAUUUCCCUUAUUUAGUUUAUAAUGUAGGGUUUAUUUUUUUCCUUACGCAUGAACAUGACAAUGUUGUGGAUGUUGUUUA